UGUAACAUAACGGCCACCACAUGGGUUCGAAAGAAAGCGCGGAAAGCUGUGUGAUUGGACAAAAAGGUGAUCAAUGGAUACAAACAAAAUCUGUGUGGGACAUUUGAGCCAGAAACUCGGUUUUAUUUGAUCGAAUAUGCGGGCACCUUCUAGAAAUGUGUCUGCCCGAAACCAUUUCUACGACAAUCAAUACAUUACUGACGUGUGUGUCUGUUCCCUGAUCUGUAUAGGUGCGUCUGCUUGGGAUAAAAGCAAAGAAGAGAGUCGACUGCGUAACUCAGUGUAAGAGCCACCCAACCUGCUGUGAGAUUCUAGGACCAGGAAUCAUGACUUAUUCCUCUUCGAACAACACCACCGGCCACUGCGUAGAGUUAUUUGAAAAUCAAAUUUGCUCCAAACCCAAACUCUCCUACGAGGAUCGUAUCGUGGCAAUGGCCGUGCUGUCUUUUUUCAUCUCGGCCACGAUAUUCGGCAACUGCCUCAUCAUCACCGCCAUCGCCUUCUUCAGGCAACUGCAGACAAACACCAACGCUCUCGCGCUGUCGCUCGCCGUGUCCGACCUCCUGGUGGGGGCCAUCAUCAUGCCGUUCAGUGUAAAUCGCUCCGUGUAUCAGUGCUGGUUUCAUGGACGCGUCUUCUGCAAGGUUCAUUUCUUCCUCGAUUACGCAAUCUGCAACGCGUCCAUCCUCUGCCUGGGCUGCAUCGCCUUCGACCGCCACGUGGCCAUCUGCGACCCGCUGCGCUACGCUCAGCGCGUGACCAGGGGGACGCUGGCGUCCAUGAUAGUGCUCAUCUGGGUGGGUGCCGCUCUCCUCUCGGCACCCAUUCUGCUCAGUCUUAGUGAAACGUGGGCCAAGGGAAUAAUAGAGAUCACGGGUUGUCCCGACGGCUGCCACUUCGCCGUUCACGUCAUCUUGACGCUCGUCGUGGGCAUCCUGCCCUAUUUCAUCAUCAUGCUGCUCAUGCUGCUGGUGUACGGUCGGAUCUACGGCGUGGCGCGCAGGCAGUCGCGUCAGAUCAACAACUCCAGAGGCUCGAGGGCGAGCGACGCCGACAGCAGGAGCAAGUGGGUGGCCAUGAGACGCGAGCACAGCGCCACGCUCACCCUGGGCAUGAUCGUGGGCUUCUACCUCGUCUCCUGGUUGCCCUACUUCACGGCGAGCGUCCUCGAAAUGGCAUUCGGCAUCUCGACCAGUGCGCUCGUGUGGGCGACGGUGACUUGGUUUGGUUACGCCAAUUCUGUGGUCAACCCGAUCCUCUACGCAACAUUCAACCGCCCGUUCCGCACCGCGUUCCGCAUCAUCUUCAGCAGCGAGAUGUUCGCCCCUGGGGCCAGAGGCGCUGACCUGCACGGUUUGAAGGUGGCAGGUGGCUGACGUAAUAUUUAAAUUAUUUAAUAUUAAUUUUAAAAAAUAUAUAUUUUUGGUUAUUCAAUACAUUCUAAAUGUUAUACGACGUGGCUCAUAGCACUUCAUGAUAUAAGCUGGACUUACCUAAAGUCUGGACCGAACCCAAGCACGUUAAUGGUGUUAUUUGUUUUUAUAAAUCCGUAACUUAAGAAAAAUAUAACAUGCAGACGCUCAUAUUAGAAAUGAGGGACUUUCAGUCCGAUAAUCUCUCCAGCUAUAAUAAUAAUGCCCCUGAAACUAGAAAUACAUAAUACAGUAUAGCUCUUUGACAGUGUAUUACUGGAUGUAGGCCUACCCACCUGGCCAGAAGAGAUUAUUAAAGUAGUGGAAGGCUAGGUUUCGUUUAAGUAUGACUGUCAGCGGAAUUGAAUGCAAAUGGACAUGUUCCUAUUGCAGUAAACUAAUCACUGUAUUCGCAGCCAUAAGAAUAUGGAAUUUCCAUUUCUGGUAGUUGGCUACAAAUAUAUGAUAUUUAUUCAAUUUCUGGUAGUUGACUACAAAUAUAUAUUUAUUCAAUUUUAUAUACU